UUCGUGAAUAGACCAGCUUUGGCCAUGCAAGGCGUGACGUCACGCGAACCCCCCGCUGCGCUACGCUUCGAGCAGAGCGAGUGAAGAAGCAGGGCAGCCCGGGGCUAACUUUUCAACGUUUUAGCUCGAAAACACCUCCUGAUUCGGUUUAAAAUGGCUCAGAUAACAACCGAAAGUUCCGAACAGAAUUCUCAGUCAUCGUCGACACGAAACGAAACCGGCGAAACGGCAGGAACCGACGCGGAGGGCCAGGCCGUGCCGGACCUCAAACAGGAACCGGGCGACAACAACGAGGACAGCGCAGACGAGAAAAGCGGUGCUUGUUCGGCGAAGGAGCUCGGCUCAAAACUGCCCCCCUGUCCUGAACCCGACCAACAAACCGCUUCCCCAGACAGCGAGAACGGUGAAGCCGGGAGAAAGCUCGGAGAACCGGGGAGAAGUCCUGUUCAGGGGAGUUUGGCGAGCAGCACGGACUCCGCGCAGGAGGGCUCCCGAGUGCUGCAAGAAGAACAAAGAGAAGCUGAGAACGUGUCCAGCUCACCGCCCGCAGAGUGCGCGAAGACCGCGGAGAGAGGCAGCAAGAGACGGGGCAGCGUGGAGCUCAGCGCGCCGGACGGAGAGCCACUCAGCCGGAUGGACUCCGAGGACAGUAUCAGCUCCACCUUGAUGGACAUGGACAGCUUGGCUUCCAGCGGUCGCUCCACCCCUGCCAUGCUCAACGGUCACGGCGGCAGCGCGUCAGCAGUGGGCGGUGCGGCGCCGUCGGGGGGGAAGCCGCUAAGCUACACCUGCUGCUGGGACCACUGCCAGCUGCUGUUCUCCAGCAGCCCGGACCUGGCUGAACACAUCCGGACCACACAUGUGGACGGCCAGAGAGGAGGGCAGGUGUUUGUGUGUUUGUGGAAAGGCUGUAAGGUGUACAACACCCCGUCCACCAGUCAGAGCUGGCUGCAGAGACACAUGCUGAGUCACAGUGGAGACAAACCCUUCAAGUGUGUGGUCGGGGGCUGCAACGCCACUUUUGCCUCCCAGGGGGGGCUGGCCCGUCAUGUCCCCACCCACUUCAGCUCCCAGAGUUCGUCCAAAGCGUCCAGUCAGGGAAAAGUAAAGGAAGAGUCUCCGUCCAAGGCCGGCCUCAACAAGAGGAGGAAGCUGAGGAACAAAUACCGGCGUUCUCUGCCUCGACCUCAUGACUUCUUUGAUGCUCAGACGAUGGACGCCAUUCGCCACCGAGCAAUCUGCCUCAACUUGGCAACGCACAUCGAGAGUCUGGGGAACGGACACAGUGUGGUGUUUCACAGCACGGUAAUAGCCAGGAGGAAGGAGGACUCCGGAAAAGUGAAAGUACUGCUGCACUGGACACCUGAAGAUAUACUUCCAGAUGUUUGGGUGAAUGAAGGAGACCGACUGCAGCUGAAGACCAAGGUGGUCCAUCUGUCCAAGCUGCCCACAGACACAGCCGUCCUUCUGGACCCCAGCAUUUACAGGAUGUUCUUCUGAUCUUCUACUGGUGAACCUAAAUGUCACUUCCUGCUAAUCUAUGUGGAGAAGACUACUGGCGCUCCUCCUGCCUUUAUCUCCAUGUGAACGUUCCUCUUGGUUCCUCCAGAUGAACCUUGGAGAUCACUGACUUGUUCUUUAGACCUCAAGUGUUUUAGGUGCACAGUUUACUGAAAGUAUAGAGAUGUUUGUUUGAAUUAGAUUGAAAACUGUAGAGAGCAACAGUCACUGUAAAUACCUGAGAUUUGUAAUAUAUUUUUUAUAAUUUUUUACUGUAUUGUAGAUAGAUGCCUUUUUCCUGCCAAACACAUUUUUUUAAUAAAAAUGGAUCUAA